AUGGAUGCUCCGGCGCCCAAUGCCGCUAACACGCCGCCGGCGGCGGGGACGGGGACGGAGACAGCAGCGCAGCCGCGGCGGCUGCCGGACUUCCUCCAGUCGGUGCGGCUCAAGUACGUGAAGCUGGGGUACCACCACCUCAUCUCCCACGGCAUGUACCUGCUGCUGUCGCCGCUCAUGGCCCUGGUGGCCGUGCAGCUCUCCACCGUGUCCCCGGGCGACCUCGCCGACCUGUGGGAGCAGCUCCGGUUCAACCUCGUCUCCGUGCUCGUCUGCUCCACCCUCCUCGUCUUCCUCUCCACCGUCUACUUCCUCACCCGCCCCCGCCCCGUCUACCUCGUCGACUUCGCCUGCUACAGGCCGGGGCCGGAGCGCCGGUGCACGCGCCAGACCUUCAUGCGCUGCUCCGAGGCCACCGGCUCCUUCACCGACGCCAACCUCGACUUCCAGCGCAAGAUCCUCGAGCGGUCCGGGCUGGGCGAGGACACCUACCUGCCCCCCGCCGUGCUGCGGGUGCCCCCCAACCCGUGCAUGGACGAGGCGCGCAGGGAGGCGAGCACCGUCAUGUUCGGCGCCAUCGACCAGCUGCUGGACAAGACCGGGGUGAGGCCCAAGGACAUCGGCAUCCUGGUGGUCAACUGCAGCCUCUUCAACCCGACGCCGUCGCUGUCGGCCAUGGUGGUGAACCACUACGGGCUGAGGGGCAACGUCGUGAGCUACAACCUCGGCGGCAUGGGGUGCAGCGCCGGGCUGCUGUCCGUCGACCUCGCCAAGGACCUGCUGCAGGUGCACCCCAGCUCGUACGCGCUGGUGGUCAGCAUGGAGAACAUCACCCUCAACUGGUACUUCGGGAACGACCGCUCCAUGCUGGUGUCCAACUGCCUGUUCCGGAUGGGCGGCGCGGCGAUCCUGCUCUCGAACAAGAGAUCGGACCGGCGGCGGUCCAAGUACGAGCUGGUGCACACGGUGCGCACCCACAAGGGCGCCGACGACAAGUGCUUCGGCUGCGUGACGCAGCAGGAGGACGGGGACGGCAAGGUGGGCGUGUCGCUCUCCAAGGACCUGAUGGCGGUGGCCGGCGACGCGCUCAAGACCAACAUCACGACGCUCGGCCCGCUGGUGCUGCCGCUGUCGGAGCAGCUGCUCUUCAUGGCGACCCUGGUGGCCAAGAAGGCGUUCAAGGCCAAGAUCAAGCCCUACAUCCCGGACUUCAAGCUGGCGUUCGAGCACGUGUGCAUCCACGCGGGCGGGCGGGCCGUGCUGGACGAGCUGGAGCGGAACCUGGGGCUGACGGAGUGGCACAUGGAGCCGUCGCGGAUGACGCUGCACCGGUUCGGCAACACGUCGAGCAGCUCGCUGUGGUACGAGCUGGCCUACAGCGAGGCCAAGGGCCGCAUCGGGCGGCGCGACAGGGUGUGGCAGAUCGCCUUCGGCUCCGGGUUCAAGUGCAACAGCGCCGUGUGGCGGGCGCUGCGCGCGGUGGCGCCCGAGGCGGAGGCGGAGAGGGGCAACCCGUGGGCGGCCGAGAUCCACCGCUUCCCCGUCGACGUCCCCAGGGUCUCCAAGGUCUGGAGCGCCUGA